AUGCGUCUACUGAGCACUGAAAAUCUCCAAUUCUUCGAGUUCUAUGGCAAUGAUAUCCCACAAUAUGCAAUCCUAUCGCAUAGAUGGGAAUCCGACGAGAUCUCUUACCAAGACAUGCGUGACACAAAGAAGCAUGAGAACAAGCAAGGCUUCCGCAAAAUUGUCCAAUUCCGUAAGCUGGCGUUGAGGGAUGGCUAUAGAUAUGUAUGGGUUGACACCUGUUGCAUCGAUAAAUCCAGCAGCGCUGAACUUCAAGAAGCCAUUAACUCAAUGUACCAAUGGUAUGAGAAAUCGGGAGACUGUUAUGCCUACCUCUCGGAUAUGCCUACCCCUAAUCACCCCGUUGAUUGGCGAGACAAAUCAUUGUCUAAGGCGUCAUACCUCGAGUCAUUUAAGAAUUCUAAAUGGUUCACUCGCGGUUGGACGCUUCAAGAGCUGAUCGCCCCAAAGAAUGUCAUAUUUGUUGAUGGGAAUUGGAAGAAGUUUGGCACGGCCAGAGAUUUGAAUAAGAGCAUCAACGAAACACCCCGAGUGGCACGCGUUAUGGCUUGGGCCGCGAAUCGACAGACUACUCGAGUUGAGGAUCGUGCCUACUCGCUACUCGGCCUUUUUGAGGUUGACCUGCCGAUGUUAUAUGGGCAAGGAGAGCGAGCAUUUCAGCGCCUCCAAGAGGAAAUACUUAAAGUAAAUGAUGAUGCCUCUAUACUAGCGUGG